AUGGCGUUGGCGCAGCUGCAGGCGCAGGCGCGGUUCGUGGGGGUGGCUGCCACGAACGCCGGCGUGGAGCUGGAGCUGGACGACCACCAGUCGCGGUGGGUGAGCCAGGUGCGGCGGCGGAUGGAGGCCGGGGCGGAGGAGCUGGGCGCCGUGGCCAAGGUCUUCGACGUGCCGCGGCUGCUGCGGGCGACCAAGCCCGAGGCGUACUCGCCGCAGCACUUCGCCCUGGGGCCCUACCACUACCAGCGGACUGAGCUCAGGGACAUGGAGCGCUACAAGCUCGCCGCAGCCAAGCGCGCCGGGAAGCUCUUCACCGGCGACCGCAGGUUCGACGACCUCGUGCAAAAGUUUGUCAAGAUGCAGGAGAUGAUCCGGACCCCCUACAACAGGUUCCUUGAGUUGAAUGGGCAGACGCUGGCAUGGAUGAUGGCCAUCGACACGUGCUUCCUCCUCGACUUCCUCGAGAGCUACCACGUCGACGGGGCCACCGACAUGGUGUCCUCCGCCACCAACUGGAUCAACGCCAUGGUGCGCGACGCCAUGAUGCUCGAGAACCAGAUCCCGCUCUUCCUCUUCGCGGGCGCGCUCCAGCUCUGCCACGCCUCCGAGGAGGCCGCCGCCGACGCCAUGCACGCCGUCCUGGACCGCUUCAUCAGGGAGGUGUGCCCCAUCAAGACCACCGCGCUUGCCAUCGCCGGCGACAUCGCCAAGCACGCGCACCUGCUGGAGCUCCUCUACCACUUUCUCGUGCCCGCCUCGGCCGUCUUCGCGGAGGACGCCGCGGAGCUCCCGCCGCUGGUCCCAGAGGAGGUUCUCUCCCUCGACGCGCUCGAGCAGCAGAUUCCGGACUACGACAAGGUGAAGCAGGCGUGCAUGCAGGUGUCCAGCUUCGACGUGGUGCCUGUGCGGUUCAUCAAGAAGAACCUCAUCUCCAAGCCGAUGAGCGCGGCUUCGAGCCUCCCGGGGAUGAUCAUGCGCAAGGUGCCGCUGCUGUCGGCGAUGGCGCCGCUGCUCGGGAAGUUCAUGGCUUCGACGGACGUCGAGGCGCGGCUCAAGGGCGUGAACUUGUCCACCAUAAUCAACUCGCCGCUGGCGCAGGAGAUCAUGAUCCCGUCGGUGGCGCAGCUGGCCGCGUGCGGCGUGCGGUUCAUGCCGGCUCCAGAGGGCAUGGCAGGGAUCGGCUUCGACGCGGCCACGGCGACGCUGACCCUGCCGGUCCUCCACCUCGACAGCAACACGGAGGUGAUCCUCCGCAACCUGGUGGCAUACGAGACGGCCGCCGUGCGCGGGCCGCUCGUGCUGGCGCGGUACACGGAGCUGAUGAACGGCAUCAUCGACACCCCCAAGGACGUGAAGAUCUUGAGAGAGUGUGGGAUCAUCUUCAACACCAUGAAGAGCGACAAGGAGGCCGCGGACAUGUGGAACGGGAUGUGCCGGGCAGUGCGGCCGAGCAAGGUGCCGCUGCUGGACGGCGUGAUCAGGGACGUCAACGCGCACCGGAACCGGAGGGCGGCCGUGAAAGCGAGAAGGUUUCUCAAGCGCUACGUGUUCAGGUCGUGGAGGCUGCUCACGCUGCUCGCCGCCGUCGUGCUGCUGCUCAUGACGGCGCUGCAGACAUUCUGCACCGUCUACGACUGCAAGCGCUGGUUCGGCGGCAUACUGGAACUGCCGCAGAUAACGCCCGGAGGAGGGCAGUAG